AUGUCGAACCCGAGCGAUUACACAGUUGGCUGGAUCUCCGCCAUCACGACCGAAUAUGUUGCUGCCCGAGCUGUGCUUGAUGAAAUACACGAAGGACCAGAGGCUGUUUCCACCAACGACAGUAACAAUUAUACUUUAGGUCGAAUUGGAAAACAUAACGUUGUUAUCGCUGUUUUGCCCGAUGGUGAAUAUGGGAUAUGCUCCGCAGCACGUGUGGCAGCAGACCUAUCACAUUCUUUCCCUUAUGUUCGAUUCGGCCUGCUAGUUGGCAUUGGGGGAGGCGCGCCAUCUCGAAAGCACGACAUUCGUUUGGGGGAUGUGGUGGUGAGCUCUCCAGGAAGCAGUGACGGCGUUAGUCACAGUGGUGUAUUCCAGUAUGACUUUGGAAAAACUAUCCAAGGACAGAGCUUCCAAACAACUGGAUUCCUAAAUCAACCUCCGUCUCUUUUACGAGCAGCAGUCACAGGGGUGAAGGCCAGAUAUGAGGAGGAAGGGCAUCGAAUUAAGGCAAACAUUAGUGCCAUUCUCGAUAAGAAUCCAAGGCUACAAAAGAAAUACCAACAACCCGACCCAAGUAGCGAUAGAUUAUAUCACAGUUACAUCUACCACUCUACAAACGAGGAACGCAACUGCGCCAUGUCAUGUGGAAAUACUUUAUCUUCCCUUAUCUUGCGGCCUGAAAGGGGUGAAUAUGAAGAUGAUCCAAUGAUCCAUUAUGGCCUGGUUGCUUCAGCAAACCAGCUGAUGGAAGACGCCGUGCUUCGGGACAAGCUCGCUACUGAAAAAGACGUCAAGUGCUUUGAGACGGAAGCAGCGGGGCUAAUGAACCACUUUCCGUGUCUCGUUAUUCGUGGUAUUUGCGAUUACUCAGAUUCGCAUAAGAAUGAGGAGUGGCGGGGAUAUGCAGCAAUGGUGGCAGCCAUGUACACAAAGGAUCUUCUUCAUCAAAUCGUGCCCAAUAGAGUUGAAGCUGAGAAGAAGAUUGGCGAUCUAUUAUCUGAUUAUCAAGAUAUUGCAAGAGAACAUCGUGAUGUUGCGAAGGAGCACCGAGACAUUGUUAUGGAGGAUAUCCAAACUCAAGAAGAAAAAAGGCGUCGCCAGGAAGAAGAAAGUUGUCACCAAUUAUUCCGUCUCAUACGUCAUGACAGAGAUGCCACAUACGAGUGGUAUAAAGACCGAGUGGAAAAGAGGGUUGAAAACACUUGCCUGUGGUUCCUCCAGCACGAGCACUUCCAGACGUGGUUGAAUCAGGACUCUGGCCCGCUGCUGGUAUCAGCAGAUCCUGGCUGCGGAAAGUCAGUCUUGGCUAAAUAUCUAGUUGACGAGGUCCUCCCACGUCCAGAAACUACCAUCUGCUACUUUUUCUUUAAAGACCAAGAUCAACAUACAGUCCGACAGGCCCUUUGCGCACUGCUUCACCAGCUCUUCUCACAGAAGUCUUAUCUAAUUAAAUAUGCUAUAAAAGAAUAUCACAAGGACGGACCUGGAUUAAUCAACUCUACGAAAACGCUCUGGCGGAUUUUACAGAAUGCUGCUGAAGAUCCCCAGGCAGGCUCUGUUAUAAUCGUCCUUGAUGCCCUAGAUGAAUGUAUCGAAUCCGAAUUUAGAGACUUGAUACAUCAUGUGGAAAAACAAUUCCACAGCGAUCAGUGUGGGAAGCUUAAAUAUCUUCUUACAUGUCGUCCAUACGAAGGAGAAGAAGAGUCAGAAGCUAUUAGCCAUGAGAUAGAUCAUGUUAUACAGCAUCGGAUUAACCAGCUAUCAGCAACCAAGGGCCUCUCCGCCGAUAUUACGGAGUAUCUGAAAACAAGGCUCCAAGAGACUCACCAUCGUACUUAUUUAUGGGUAUAUCUAAUAUUCAACUAUCUGGAGGAGGAAGACUUCAAAAUGACCUUGAAAGGAGUAGAAUCGACUCUUAUAACACUUCCAGGGAGUGUUAACGAAGCAUACGAGCGUAUUCUUAGCAAAUCUAAGAAAGAUCCGAUGGUCCGGAAGGUUUUGACAAUUGUCUUUGGAGCAUGCAGACCGCUACUGUUAGACGAACUAAAUGAAGCCGUUAAUUUCGACGUCUCAACACGAACAAUUGACCGUGAAACAGACGAAGAUUUCAAGUCCCGUCUUAGGUCUUGGUCGAACUGUCCCCACCUGGAAUCGUUCCCGACAUAA